AUGUUCUUAGGUCGGCCACGAUUUAUUUUACAUUAUCUGGGAAUUUGGCUACCACCAGAAGAAUAUAAAACUCUGCGCAAUAUUUACAAGUUCCUUGUUAUGCUCACUCAGUUUUCUUUUAUUUUCUUGGAAUUUAUAUACAUAGCUGUCGUGUGGGGUAAUAUAGAUGAAGUUUCUGAAGCUUCAUACUUACUCUUCACCCAGGCGUCGGUUUGUUAUAAAACAACAGUUUUUAUGAUGAAUAAAAAUAAUUUAAAAAAACUUAUCAGUUUCAUGGAGGUGGGCAUAUUUGCACCGCAAACUGUAGGACAUAAAAAAAUAUUGUCGGCACAAGCUAGAAAAAUACGAAAUCUUAGUGGAGUAUUCUUGACAAGUGCCAUCACAACAUGCACGCUGUGGGCUGUAAUGCCUCUAUUUGAUACCGCUGAAACAAGAUUCUUUCCGUUUAAAAUUUGGAUGCCGAUAAAUACAGAAAAAUCACCUCAUUAUGAAAUCGGAUACUUGUACCAAGUAAUAAGUAUUUAUAUUAGUGCGUUGUUGUUUUGUGCAGUGGAUAGCAGCACCCUUUCAAUGAUCAUGUUUGGGUGUGCGGAGCUUGAGAUAAUUAUUGAUAAAAUACAAAAGAUUCGUGAUAUACCAAUCUCGAGAAUAAAUAAAUCGGAUUGCAGAAAAAGACUUACAGAGAACAAUAAAAUGUUUAUGGAAUGUGUUCGACACCAUCAGUGUGUAGUUAAAUUUAUCGAAUUAGUGGAAGACACGUACCACGCUAACAUUUUCUUCCAGCUAAGUGGAAGUGUGGGAAUUAUCUGCAUUAUCGGAUUAAGAAUUGUUAUAGUAAGUUUUAUUAAAUCAUCAUAGUAAGACGAAAGAAUUUCGAGAGAAUUUCCACAUAAACUUAUUUAAAGUAAACCGAUUAAUUGCGAUUAAUAAAGUGUAAUUUGUAUGCUACUAUUUCUCUGAAUUCUUGUAGCUCUCCUA